AUGGCCCCUGAUUUGCGAGCAUUGACCAAGCAAGAGCAGUUUUGCUUCGACACCUUGAACAACGUGGUCAAAUUCAUUAAUCAAUACGAUGAAGCGCGGGAUAAGGGACAGAUCGCGGGUUGGAUGGAUCGUUUGGAGGGGCUCUUUGAGAAUUUUUUGAAGGUGCGAUUGCAAAUUGAUUUGCUGCAGGAUGAUGAAUCGCCCACUGCAGACGAAGAGGAAAAGGCUAGUCGUGCCUCACGAGAUCGGUUUGAAAAGAUCUACGUGCAGGUGAAAGGUUUUCUUGUUAAUGCUGAACGCAUGGCAAAUGCGGUACCCUCCACCAGUGCAGGUGGAGGUUUUAGUGGUUCAAACGCUAAUCGCGCCACUCCAAUGGCUCGGAUAAAGCUUCCCGAAGUCAAGCUUCCUUCCUUCAGCGGAUCAGUCACUGAGUGGCUAACUUUUCGAGACACGUUUAAGAGUCUCAUCGAUUCCAAUCCAAAUCUUUCGGAUGUGGACAAGUUUUCCUACCUUGUCGCAUCACUAACAGGGGAAGCGAAGCGGGUUGUCGAGCCUAUCGACAUUACUGAUGCCAACUAUGCCAUUGCUUGGCAGUCUCUGACAAAGCGCUUCGAUAACAAAAAGCUUGUGGUUAAAACCUAUAUAGAUGCGCUUCUUUCCGUCGAACCCCUGAAGCGGGAAAGUUACGAAUCCCUUUCUCGACUAAUUGACGACUUCGAACGAAAUCUGCAGAUGAUUGAGAAAUUGAACAUUGACACCAAGGGUUGGAGUGUGUUGCUGGCUCACAUCGUGUGCUCUCGUCUCGACACUGCAACACUCAAGCAGUGGGAAAACCAUCACAAAUCGACAGACGUUCCCCGGUACGAGGUGCUCAUCGAUUUCCUACGUUCUCAUUGCAUCGUUCUCCAGUCAAUCGCGCCUGGGAAAGCGCGGGCCUCUGAUCCUCCCCGAUCUGAUCCAGCGCGUGUGCCGAAGAUCAAGGUUAGCAGCGUGCAUUCCGUCGUCAAUUCACCUCACAAGCCAUGUUGUUUUUGUAACCAGUCUGACCACUCGCCGUUCAAAUGUGAUGUGUUCCGCAAGCUAGGCGUUUCCGAACGGUACGAUUUGGUGAAGAAAAGGAGUCUCUGCAUCAACUGCUUGUCCGCUGAUCACCAGGUUAGAAGCUGCUCAUCCGGUGCCUGCCGCGUCUGCAGUCAAAAGCAUCACACGAUGCUCCACCAACAAGCUCCCAUUCGCAAUCCUCCCCAACCACAGGGUCCCAAAUCAAACUCAAGUCAGCCCUCCGCAAUUCAGACUCAAUCUCAAGCUCAAAUCGCUCCAACUACGUCGUCCAACGCAAAUAAGUCUUCCUCGCCAUCUAUCGUCCCUGACGAACAGACACCAUCCACGAGUGCCCUCAGUCAUUGCUCUACCUCCUCGGUUGCCAACGUCCGCCGAAUCCCAUCAACCGUGUUGCUGCAGACGGCGCUCGUGAAGGUCAUCGAUUCUUCGAAAAACACCCUGUGGGCUAGAGCGUUGCUCGAUCCCGCCUCGCAGCUGAACAUAAUUACCGAAAGCUUGGCCCAACGAUUGCAAGUGCAACGGGUCAAGGAACACCACAUCGUCGGGGGAAUCGGACAAUCCUGUACUCCGUCCACACACUCUGUCGUAGUCCACAUUCAGUCGCAUUGCUGCCGUUUUCGUACCCAGCUUAAGUUCCACGUGCUGCCUGCUGUGACACGUGAACUUCCUUCGAAUAGCAUCGACGUAGCCGAAUGGAAUUGGCCUACCGGAGUAAUUCUGGCAGAUCCCCAAUUCAACAAACCAGCAGCAGUGGAUAUGAUUAUCGGAGUGGAUGCGUAUUAUGAUUUGCUUCUCGAUGGACUGAUUCGCCUAGGCCCCGGCCGACCUGUGUUGCAGAAUACCAUGCUGGGUUGGGUCGUCUCCGGUCGGGCUGGUAAUGGCCGACCAGAUCCCGAAAUUAUUAGCAUCGUCCACGUUUGCAGCACAGACGGUCUCGAACAGCAGUUGUCCAGAUUUUGGGAACUUGAAUCCUGUCAGUCCUCCAGCACCUUGUCCGUAGAAGAAUCGACUUGUGAGGCUCACUUCGUCGCCACUACCACGAGGGCUGAGUCCGGUAGAUUCGUUGUCCAACUUCCGAAGAAACCCACCAUUCUAUCGCAGAUGGGGGAUUCGUAUGAUAUCGCCAAACGUCGGUUCCUAUCCGUGGAACGCCGAUUACAAGCCAAACCCCAACUGAAGACAGCUUACUCCGCUUUCAUCGAGGAAUACCGAAUCCUUGGACACAUGAAGGAAGUAGUAGAUGUUAGUCAGCCCACACCGUAUCGCCCGUAUUAUCUUCCACACCACUGCAUCGAACGUCCCGACAGCGUAACCACGAAGCUUCGCGUAGUUUUCGACGCGUCUUGCGCCACGGACACCAACGUUUCUCUGAACAACUCGCUGAUGGUGGGACCCACCGUCCAAGAUGACCUCUUCUCGUUGAUCCUGCGGUGGCGAACCCACCGAUACGUGAUUAUUGCGGACAUCGAAAAAAUGUACCGCCAGAUUAAGGUGCAUUCUUCAGACCAGUGUCUGCAACGGAUUCUUUGGAGAGAUGAUCCGUCGGAGCCGAUUCGCAUUUUCGAGCUCUCCACGGUAACGUAUGGCACUUCUUCAGCGCCGUAUCUAGCCACCCGCUGUCUGAAAGAACUCUCCGUGAUAGGCCGUCAGUCUCAUCCUCUCGCUGCCAAAGUCGUAGGUGAAGACUUUUAUAUGGACGAUCUCUUUACCGGAAGCAAGACCAUUCGAUCUGGAAGGGUCUUGUGCACGCAGCUUCUUCAGCUUCUGCAUUCCGCUGGAUUUCCACUGCGCAAAUGGUCGUCCAAUUCUCCGGAGAUUCUCUCGCAUAUUCCUGAGGCACUACGUGAUGAACGAACCGUAUUGGGCCUCGAUCCAGGAGCUUCCAUCAAAACUCUCGGGCUUAGGUGGGAGCCAGCUUCCGAUUGCUUCGGCUUCCACGUUCCAAAAUGGAAGCAAGACAUUUGCGUUUCCAAGCGGCAAGUGGUUUCCGAUUCUUCGAGCCUUUUUGAUCCGCUCGGCUUCAUAGGCCCAGUCAUCGUAGUUGCCAAGUUGUUCGUGCAGGACCUCUGGCGAAGCAAGCGUUCCUGGGACGAGCCGCUAGAAGACGAACUCCAACAAAGCUGGCUGCAAUUUCGGUCCGAACUUGCGGCAAUCGAGACAAUUAUCGUUCCUCGUUGGGCCGUCCCAAUCGUCGAUCCAACUUCCAUCGAAUUACACGGUUUUUGUGAUGCCUCCGAAAAGGCUUAUGGGGCAUGCAUCUACCUCCGCGCCGUGUCCUCCAACGGCGACACAUCCGUCCGUCUUCUAACCUCGAAGUCGAAACUGGCACCUCUAGGAAACAGCAAGAAACAAAAAAGAGUCUGUCUGCCUCGCCUCGAACUUUCUUCGGCGCUAUUAUUGAGCCACUUAGUUCAGAAGGUCCAGGAAGCACUGAAUCUCCCAAUGAAGUGUUUUUUCUGGACUGAUUCGAUGAUCGUCCUCCAGUGGAUUUCAGCUGCCCCUUCCCGCUGGAAAACGUUUGUGGCAAACCGAGUGUCCGAAAUCCAACACCUGACGGAAGGCGGACUGUGGAAUCAUGUGCCUGGAAUCGAGAAUCCGGCAGACAUCAUCUCCCGCGGAAUGCUGCCGGCGGAACGCAGAGAUUGCGCAGCAUGGUGGAAUGGUCCACCGUGGCUCAGUCAACCAAACAGAUUCUGGCCUGCUCUUGUCCGUCCAGCAUUCGAGAACUUCGAAGCAGAACAACUCGAGGAAAGAGCAAUUGUCCUACCAAUCCAAGUCCACGAGCCAAACCCUAUCUUCAGUCUUCGGUCUUCGUAUACCGGCCUAGUCUCGGUGGUGGCAUAUCUCCUGAGAUUUUGCCACAAUUGCAAGCAACGAAAUCCCUCAAAUCGACGAACCGGUUUUCUGAAGACUACUGAGUACAAGGACGCGCUCAUGCGUUUGGUUCGUUUAGCCCAACAAGAGUCGCUGACCGAAGAUGUCAAAGCCGUCGAUGCCACAGGAGAAGUCAAGCCCAACUCCAAGCUAAAAUCCCUAGCACCAAUCUUGGAAGACGGAAUCCUGAAGGUUGGUGGCCGUCUUCGCAACGCUCCGGUGACGGAAACACGCAAACACCCGAUGAUCCUGUCUCCGAGCCACCCCUUCACCAAAAUGGUAGUCACCUACUAUCACAAGAAGCUUCUUCACGCCGGCCCGCAAUUGUUAAUCGCCCACUUGCGGGAGCAGUUUUGGCCACUAAGAGUACGCAACCUGGCGCGGAAAGUAGUUCAAGACUGUAUCAGAUGCUAUCGCUGCAAACCGACCGUCCAGGAGCAGUUAAUGGGAGAUCUUCCUAGCGAGCGGGUGACUCCCACCUACCCGUUCCUGAAAACCGGCGUAGAUCUUUGCGGACCGCUAUUCUACCGUCAUCAUGGCCGCAAGUCUCCCCCGGUGAAAUGCUAUGUCGCCAUGUUCGUGUGCCUCGUCACCAAGGCGGUGCAUAUCGAAUUAGUGGCGGAUCUAACAACGGACGCGUUCAUUUCUGCUCUGAAACGGUUCAUUGCCCGCCGCUCCAAACCCGCCGUCAUCGAAUGCGACAAUGCGAAAAACUUCCAAGGAGCAUCACGUGCGCUAGCCGAGCUUCUAGCGCAAUUCCGGUCGCAGCAGCACCAGCACUCCGUCGGUUCCUUCUGCGUAGAAGAAGGGAUCGAGUUCAAGUUUAUACCGCCUCGAUCACCCAACUUCGGUGGCCUCUGGGAGGCCGCCGUAAAGUCGUUUAAAAAGCACCUGAAAUCGACUAUCGGAACAACCAUUCUGUACAAGGACGACCUCGAGACGCUGCUCGUCCAGAUUGAGAGCUGCCUGAACUCCAGACCGCUUACCCAGUUGUCUACUGACCCCGAGGACCUGGAGGUCCUUACACCCGGCCACUUUUUGGUCCACCGUCCCUUGGUCGCUGCCGCCGAACCAUCGUAUGAAGAAAUUCCCCAGAAUCGCCUAAACCGUUACCAGAUGACGCAGGAAUUUGUUCGCCGAAUUUGGAAGCGUUGGAGCACGGAUUACCUUUCCGGACUGCACCCCCGCACCAAAUGGACCCGCCAGCGGGAUAAUCUUGCCGUCGGAACCUUAGUACUCUUGAAGGAUGAGAAACUGCCGCCGCUCCGGUGGUGUCUCGGCCGUGUUACUCGACUUUUCUAUUGUGACGACGGGAAUGUUCGCGUCGUUACCGUGAAGACAAAAGAUGGAGAAUUCAACCGGGCAAUCAGCAAGGUUUGCGUUCUGCCUAUCCAGCAAUCAGCCAGCGCUGAUGAAGACGUAGUUCUCGCCAACAUGUAA